UUCCGAGCCGUUGAGCUUUGCAGCCAAGGUGUGGCAGCGAGACCUCUGUGGCUCUUCUGUAGCGCCAGCGCUGAGAUCGAGAGGCGGCAAGAGGCCAGGAGGGAAGUGAGCGGUGUCGGAAGGCGAUAAGCCAGAUGAAGAAGAGACUUGCUAAGUUCGUGAGCUGGGUGGGCUUCAGCGCCCGUCAGAGAGCGCGCAGGGUUUGUGAGAAGCCCGUGCCUGGGUAUCACGUCCAUAAGAGUGAGCUAAAGGAGUUCCACAGAGCCGCAUAUUUAGGUGCCAGUUGUACAGUGGAGGAGUUGCUGUCUUGUAAGAAAAAUGUCGUAGACAGCAGAGACAGGAAGAACAGGACUGCCCUACACUUAGCCUGCACCAGAGGCCAGUCAUCAGUGGUGGCUCUCCUUAUCCAGUGGAAGUGUGAUCUGAAUGCUCGUGAUGAGGAAGGCAAGACAGCUCUCAUCAAGGCUGUACAAUGCCAGAAAGAAGUAUGUGUCACUGUCCUGCUGGAACACGGUGCUGACCCAAAUCUUGUGGACGAUAGUCAAAGCACUGCUCUGCAUUACGCCGUCUUGGCUGAAGAUACAUCAAUUGCAGCAGAGCUGCUCCGCUAUAAGGCAGAUAGCGAGGCGAUGAACAAGUAUAAAUACACACCACUUCUACUCGCCAUCAGGGAGAACAGAGAAGAAAUGGCCAAAUUUUUGAUAGAGAACGGGGCAAAUAUACAUGCAGUCGACAAGCUGCAAAGAUCAGCACUCAUGCUUGCCGUAUAUCAUGACUCACCGGACAUAGUCAAGCUGCUGCUUGAGAAAGGUGUUAAUGCCGAUUUGCUAGAUGUACACGGACAGUCUGCUGAACAAUAUGCUUCUUAUAGUGGUUUUAAACACCUUUACCAACUGAUUGUCGACUACAGAGCCGGAAAGAUACCAAAUACUUCCCCUCAAAAUAGCGACCUAGGACAGAGUUCUGCAGAGAACAUCCAAGGAAAGUUGCAGUUGUCCGGCAAGGAUGACGAAGAAGAAAUUGUUGUCGAGUUGGAAACCAGCAAUGGCGGCUGCACGGAUUCACCGAAGAAUAUUGAGCAGAAGAGUAAGAAGAUUCGAUCGGAUUUAGAGGUUGAGUUUUCACCGAGGUUUGAAGACAUCUCUGUCAUCGGUACUUCUCCCAGGAUAAUGCCUAUGAUCUGAUGGAUACAGUAAAUACAUGUUGUCUUCCUGACUGAUGGAUUGAAUGACCAAGUGUAGGAAUAUGAUGUUUUCUGAUGUUGGGUUUUUGUUACAUUGUGUUUUGUUUUUAUAGGAAGAGGCAACAAAGCCAAAAACUGGGGGAAAAGAGAACGGCAGUCGGACUACUAACAGUGUUCUAAAGGAGCAAGCAGAUCAUAGCAAAUUGGUUUCUACUGACAGAGCA